UCGUUCGCCAGCUCCUAUUACCAUUGCGAUUACGGAGACGUCGCUGUCGUCCUCUCCGACCCGGCGUCAUCGUCGCAGUGAGGAAGAAGAGGGGGGGAGGGGUUGCAUCGAGCGAUUCAUAGCGGAAGAUUGGCUUAAAAGAACCGAAUUUGUGUGGCUAGAAGGGUUUCUUGUUUCGCUCUGCUCGAUCCCGUCAGUGGAUUGGUGGCCCUUCUCCUCCUCCCGGUUCGUUCAUAUUCUUCUCUCCGUAAUCCCUUAUUCGGUGCUGUUUCUGCAAGAAAUCUGACAGCUUCGGUGUUGGAAAGCUAAUUACUUAGCAUGCAGAGCCAGCUAGUGUGCAAUGGAUGCCGGACCAUUCUUCUUUACCCCCGAGGAGCCACUAAUGUACGUUGUGCAAUAUGCAACACUAUGACGCCAACUCUCCCUGCAGGGAUUGACAUGGCUCAGCAAAUGGAAAUGGCACAGAUAAUUUGUUAUGGUUGCCGAACAUUGUUGAUGUAUACUAGUGGUGCAACUAAUGUAAGAUGCUCUUGCUGUGGCACAAUCAAUAUGGCAAGACCAGCAAAUCAGAAUGCUUACCUAAACUGUGGCCAGUGCCAUACAACUUUGAUCUAUCCUUGUGGGGCACCAUCAGUCAAAUGCGCAAUAUGCCAUUUUGUGACAAAUGCUGGGACUAUGAGAGUACCGAUUCCAGAGGCACAGAGGCCUAAUGAGACUAUACCCAUGAGACCAUCAACAUCUGCUCCUCCCUCUGAAGCCCAAAACAUGACAGUAGUUGUCGAGAAUCCUAUGUCAGUAAAUCAAAGUGGUAAACUGGUGAGUAAUGUUGUGGUUGGAGUCACUACUGGGAAGAAGUGAUUUGUGCCGGUCUCAGAUAUCAGCUUGAAUGGCAUUUAUUAUUGUAAAAAGCUAUAUUGGCCAAGUGUGCUGGACUCAUUAAUAGUUUGAAUGAUUUGUUCUCCAUAAAUAAUGGUCACAAAAAGGUUAAAGUUUGUUGUCUUUGACAUUCACGAAGUGUCUUGCAGUGGACUGUAAAUUUGUGGUGAGCUGUAUGAUAUACACAUGACAUCGAACAAGCAACAUGUCAUUGCAUUCAUGUGGAUCAGGUUCAUAUUGUUCAUUGUCCAAAUUUA